UAUUGCUCACGCACGCACUUGUCCAUAUCCUAAUCCUGAUGAUAUCCAAGUUGGGCGCGGAUGGGUCAACGUAACAGCAUCCGUUGCUUCUUCUGUAUUAUUCAGUUGCCAAAUGCCAGCCCAUCCCUUGUGAAUUUAUAGUUGUAAACAAAAAUCCCUUGUAAAUUUAUACACCUCCAAGCCUCCAACUUGAAUCACCCUAUCUGCAUAGCAUACUGAAAGCCGAAGCAGGGGGAAGGAGAGCGAUCGGCAAAGUCGGUCAAAGGGAGAGUGACAGAGUGACAGUGUAUAAGUAGUGGCUGGUUGGUUGGUUGCAGCACUGGUUCGGUGUGAGCGAGCGAGCGAGAUAGCCAUAUCUUCGCUGUGCGUCGUCGUCGUCGCUGCGUGGUGAAUUCUUGGGGAGGAGGAGGACGAGAUGGCGGGAGGCGGCGUGGCGGCGCUGGGGGUGAAGAAGGAGCGGGCGGCGGAGUACAAGGGCCGCAUGACGCUCGCCGUCGGCAUGGCCUGCCUCGUCGCCGCCGUCGGCGGCGCCAUCUUCGGCUACGACAUCGGCAUCUCCGGGGGAGUGACGUCCAUGGAUCCGUUCCUCAAGAAGUUCUUCCCGGUGGUGUUCCGGAAGAAGAACGACGACGGCCAGAACAACUACUGCAAGUACGACAACCAGGGCCUCUCGGCGUUCACCUCCUCCCUCUACCUCGCCGGCCUCGUCUCCUCCCUUGCCGCCUCGCCGGUGACGAGGAACUACGGCCGCCGCGCCAGCAUCGUCUGCGGCGGCCUCAGCUUCCUCGCCGGCGCCACGCUCAACGCCGCCGCCGUUAACCUCGUCAUGCUCAUCCUCGGCCGCAUCCUGCUCGGCGUCGGCAUCGGCUUCGGCAACCAGGCCGUGCCGCUGUACCUGUCGGAAAUGGCGCCGGCGCACCUCCGCGGCGCGCUGAACAUGAUGUUCCAGCUGGCGACGACGCUGGGCAUCUUCACGGCGAACAUGAUCAACUACGGGACGCAGCACAUCAGGCCGUGGGGGUGGCGGCUCUCGCUGGGGCUCGCGGCGGCGCCGGCGCUGCUGAUGACCGUCGGCGGGCUGCUCCUGCCGGAGACGCCCAACAGCCUGAUCGAGCGCGGGCGCGUCGAGGAGGGCCGCCGCGUGCUGGAGCGCAUCCGGGGCACCGCCGACGUGGACGCCGAGUUCACGGACAUGGCGGAGGCGAGCGAGCUCGCCAACUCCAUCGAGCACCCGUUCCGCAACAUCCUGGAGCCGCGCAACCGGCCGCAGCUGGUGAUGGCGGUGUGCAUGCCGGCGUUCCAGAUCCUGACGGGCAUCAACUCCAUCCUCUUCUACGCGCCCGUGCUGUUCCAGAGCAUGGGCUUCGGCGGCAGCGCGUCGCUCUACUCCUCAGUCCUCACCGGCGCCGUCCUCUUCUCCUCCACCAUCAUCUCCAUCUCCACCGUCGACCGCCUCGGCCGCCGCAAGCUCCUCAUCAGCGGCGGCAUCCAAAUGAUCAUCUGCCAGGUGAUAGUGGCGGUGAUCUUGGGGGUGAAGUUCGGGACGGACAAGGAGCUGACGAGGAGCUACUCGAUCGCGGUGGUGGUGGUGAUCUGCCUGUUCGUGCUGGCGUUCGGGUGGUCGUGGGGGCCGCUGGGGUGGACGGUGCCGAGCGAGAUCUUCCCGCUGGAGACGAGGUCGGCGGGGCAGAGCAUCACGGUGGCGGUGAACCUCUUCUUCACCUUCGUCAUCGCGCAGGCGUUCCUGUCCCUGCUCUGCGCGCUCAAGUUCGGCAUCUUCCUCUUCUUCGCCGGGUGGAUCACCGUCAUGACCGUCUUCGUCCACGUCUUCCUGCCGGAGACCAAGGGCGUGCCCAUCGAGGAGAUGGUGCUCCUAUGGAGGAAGCACUGGUUCUGGAAGAAGGUCAUGCCCGACCUGCCGCUCGAGGACGGCGACAGUCAUCACAAGUGAAAGAAAUGUACUCUGAGAUAGUAUAUGGGGGUUACAGUAGAUGAGACAUGACAUGUAGGAUGAGGAGAUUAAGAUUGAUCAUGUGCGGUAAUGCAUUCUGUGUGUAUGUUAAUUGAAGUUCAUGGAUCAUGAUGUCUGUUUGUCGUGGCAGAGAAGAGAAAUAUUGGAAACACAAAAUUUUAUACUACUCGAUUAUUAAUUGUCUGAA